AUGGCUAACACCACUCUUUCGAAUGGCUGGUUGGGUGAUCUGAAAGCCUAUCUAUCCCACUCCUUCAACCAAGGACACCAAUACUGGAAUCCAACGGCCGCGAAAACAGUAUAUCGCGACAUGAUCAGACGACGAAUUCUAACGGAUAGAUCAAUAAGCAUCUUAGCACUUCUACGGACAGGAAAUAGUGAGAGAUUCAGGCAAACCUGGGGUCAAGAUGCACUGACACUCCCUAUUCUGAAGGGACCGCUGUGCCUAAUGCAAGACCCUCUGAAUGAUCAAUAA